CUCAGAGCACUGAACUUCUGUAAGCCUGGCUCCUCUCCACACAGGCGGGCAUUGCCUAGUGUGACACUCUGCUCCUUCACCCACAGAGCUUGCAGCCUACUUAGGCAACUGCAAACAGGUUUUCGGAAAGAAAUGCUGUAUUUUUGCUGAGAGUGACUGGCAUAAUCAACAAUUGUGUGGCUCCAAGAAGCCAGUAAACAAUUUAUCUUUUAUUAUUUUUCCUUUCUGUUCUGGGAAUAUUUUGCAGACAGGACAACAGAAACCUGUAAAACCAUUUCAGGUGUUUUUUGUUGCUUUUUUUUUUUUUACUUGUGAGACUUACUACUAUUUUUCAAGUAAUCACCAUUGAGCGAAGAUGCUUGGAUUGGCCCGUCGAGGAGAGCAGUGAGCUCUGGCGUGCACCUGUCACAGGACCUCAUCUGGACAUACUGCAGAGAUCUGACAGGAUGAGUAAACCCGCGGGAUCAACAAGUCGCAUCUUGGACAUUCCUUGUAAAGUAUGCGGGGACCGCAGUUCUGGUAAACAUUAUGGAGUUUAUGCAUGUGAUGGCUGCUCUGGGUUCUUCAAGAGAAGCAUUCGGCGGAACAGAACUUAUGUUUGCAAGUCUGGAAAUCAGGGUGGAUGUCCAGUGGACAAGACACAUAGAAAUCAAUGCAGAGCAUGUCGUCUGAAGAAAUGUUUGGAAGUCAACAUGAAUAAAGAUGCUGUUCAACAUGAAAGGGGACCAAGAACAUCCACCAUAAGGAAACAAGUGGCUCUGUAUUUCAGAGGACAUAAGGAUGUCAAUGGGACAACACCUCACUUUCCAUCAGCAGCUUUGCCUACACCUACCUUCUUCACCACUGUUAGUCAGCUGGAGCCACAUAACCUAGAGCUAGCAGCAGCAGUGUCCACCACCCCUGAGCGACAGACCUUAAUUGGUCUGGCUCAGCCAACCCCAAAGUAUCCACAUGAAGUAAAUGGAGCACCGCUGUACCUCUAUGAAGUGGCCACGGAAUCAGUUUGUGAAUCUGCAGCCCGGCUUCUUUUCAUGAGCAUUAAAUGGGCAAAGAGUGUGCCCGCUUUCUCUACUCUCUCCCUACAGGAUCAGCUGAUGCUCCUAGAAGACGCAUGGCGGGAGCUAUUUGUUCUAGGAAUUGCACAAUGGGCCAUCCCGAUUGAUGCUAGCACACUACUGGCUGUAUCUGGAAUGAACAACGAUAACACAGACUCUCAGAAGUUGAAUAAAAUUAUAGCUGAAAUUCAGUCAUUACAGGAAGUGGUGGCAAGAUUCCGGCAGCUUCGGCUAGACGCAACAGAGUUUGCCUGUCUCAAAUGCAUUGUCACUUUUAAGGCUGUACCUACGCACAGUGGCUCUGAGCUGAGAAGUUUCAGGAAUGCUGCUGCCAUUGCAGCCCUACAAGAUGAGGCUCAGCUGACUCUCAACAGUUACAUACACACUAGAUACCCUACGCAACCCUGUCGUUUUGGGAAACUUUUGCUGCUUCUACCAGCUUUACGUUCUAUAAGCCCAUCUACAAUAGAAGAAGUGUUUUUCAAGAAAACCAUUGGCAAUGUGCCCAUCACACGGCUUCUAUCAGAUAUGUAUAAAUCCAGCGAUAUCUAGAGCGAGACCACACCCUCAAAUGUUCACUUUUGAAGACGACCACAGACCGGUACAUUGCUGAGGAAUAAAACAAUGAGAAUUA